CUGCUCGGCGGAUGGGGCAGGGGAUGGCUGCGGCUGCACGAGCCCGCGGAGCUGCCGGCCGGAGGGCAGGCCCUGGCUUGGAGCAGUGAUCUCGGCUAUUUGAGAGCUCGUUCCUCUAGCAGAAAAGGUCUAACAGGCCAGAUGCCUGGCCUGUGAAUUGGGAUAAAUCUACACUACAAAUAAGGUCCCCAAAGUGAAGGAAAAACUGUGAAAUGAAGAAAUGGUUGUUUGUAGCUGCAAAUGGGAAUUUGGAAUAACGAUGAAAAACACACUGAAUUAAUCGUGUUUGACUGGAACAAAAUUCUUGAAAAGUCCCCAAGGAUGAGAUUCUGUGCCAAAUCAAUGCUUCUAUCUCACUGGCUUUUUCUGGUCUAUGUGCUAAUGGUGUGCUGUAAAUUGUUGUCCGCCACUAGUCACCAUCCCCGGGGGCACACAGGCCAGCACCAAGUGAAGCAAGGGACGUGCGAAGUGGUCGCAGUGCAUCGCUGCUGCAAUAAGAACCGCAUAGAAGAACGCUCUCAAACGGUCAAGUGCUCUUGCUUCCCAGGGCAGGUUGCAGGCACGACCAGGGCGCAGCCCUCCUGCGUGGAAGCCUCCAUUGUCCUGCAGAAGUGGUGGUGUCACAUGAACCCCUGUCUGGAUGGAGAGGACUGUAAAGUGCUGCCAGACUAUUCAGGUUGGUCUUGCAGCAGUGGAAAUAAAGUCAAAACCACAAAGGUGACACGGUAGCGAAGAAUAGACAUCUGUGUCAUUGCUGGGACAAUGGGAUUUGCAGCUGCGUUGCUUGGGUAUUACGCUCAGACCCUUUUUUGAGAGGACAUUGUAGACUUCACACUUUGAACUUGUGCAGUCGGUGAGCACGAAGGACAGCGCUUCUCCUUUGGACUGAGCGGCAUGUCUUGAUUCAGGAUCUUCCCACAUUUAAUUUGAAAAAGGAAUUUUGCUUCUCUCUAAAAGACACCUUUGAUUCUCCUCCACCUGCAAGCGAUUCAUAGAAGCACACACACGUGGGCUAUAAGAUUUUAUUUACAGCACUAUGAGCUCUAAAAUUGAUUUAGAUGAUUUUUGAGCCGUCAAGAACGUUGGGAGGAAAAUGAAAGAAUCAACAUGAAUUCAUUUGGAGGUACUGCCAUCUCACCUACAGCACAGUGGACCAAUGUGAAGCUGAUCCAAUAGCCAAAUAAGCCUCAGGGCUAGUGCUCUAGUAAACCAUGCCUCAGUGUUUUUUUCAGCUGUGAUUUAGUAAAUAUUGAUUCUGUACGAAGGUGAAAAGAUGGCUCUUAUAAAUCAGUAGCAUUAUGUGUAUGCCAUACUUUUGUUACAGCCUGUGCAAUUAUAUUUAUUUCUGUAGAUGGUUUCAGAUAUUUUAACUUUUACAUUCAUAACUGGUAUGGGGAAGCACAGGACAGCAACUAAAUCUUGUAGUAGAUAUAGUUUUUAUUAUUCUAAAUAAAUCCAUUCUGUGGGAGAAUAGCAAAGUACACAUACUUUGAGUCUAGAUAUGGAAAAGAAUUUAGCUAUUAGCUAGUAAUGUCCAUUCAGAUACUUCAAAAUGAGGGAGGAAACUAGCAUUGCAUAAGGAAGGCUUACUGGAAGAAGGAUGAUUUGUUUAGAUUUUCAUAGCUUUGGUUGCUUUCUAAUAGGAACCUUACUUAGAAUUAAAGUCCUGGAUUAGAAAGGAUUUUCACUUUCAAUUACUUUUUGUUUAUAAUGAUUAUAAUAAUUAAGUGUCCAGUUCCUUGACAGGCCACAUUUUCAGGCUGGUACACUUUGUGACACAUGGUUGGUUCGUGCUCCUAUAGAUGGGGUUCCUACCGUUUUUUUCUUAUUUGCCUAUUUUACAUUUUCGUCGUUGCUUUUCCUAACACAGAAGUGCAGGAGGAGGUGAAAUUGCAGCCAGUCUGUUCCCAGUUACAUCGUUUUAUGACAGAAGACGCUUUGGAACAGACUUAAAUGCAGUGGUGCAAGCAGGUAUCAAACAGAGGAGUUGCUGCUGACUCAGCUAUGGGAUGCAUUGUUAUUCUGUAUGUAAAUAUGAUGGUAAUACUAUACAACCAUUUUUUAUAUCUCCAGAAAUGCCAAAAAAAAUUGAGACUGCGUUGCACUAAUUUAGUUUGUUGUGCACAAGCUUUCCUGUUAAUGGAGAAGAGAUCAUCAACUAUGUGAACAACAGCCAUUUGUUUCCUUUCUGUUGGAGCAAGUGGGGAUAUUCCUCCAGUCCUAUAUCCAUUGGCAUCAACAGUGAAACUCUUUUGACUUCCAUGGCAGGAAGAUCAGACCUGAUAUUUUGCUUUUGGUUCCUUACUUUUAGUUCACUUUCAGUGAUGUACCCGAUUGCAGCUGGGCUCAUAGUGGUUAUUGUAAUUGUUAAUCAGUAAAUGAGAUUUUUUUUCUGUUA